CCAGAUGGCUCGAUGCUGGUUUGCUCGUGGAUUCCAAAGUGCGAUUGAUUGUCGGUGGUUUGUAUGGUUUCGCACUAGCAGCGACAGACGUGUAAAAUGAAGCAGUAGGGACACCCUUUGUUUGUAAUGGGGCGUUUUCUUUGGUGUCUGAAUCGAGUAAUUGAUCUAGUUCAACGUCCUUACCGCCGAUAACAAACUGAGCACCUGAUUCGUAUUGGUUAUUCUUCUUAUCAAAUGAUCUACCAAUAACACUGCUAUUCGUAUCCUUCAGUAUGAGCUGAUUUCCUCUGAUAGUCAAUGUGCCAUCACCAUCCCAGGUCUUAUGCUUCUUAAACUGAGGAUUCCUCCAUUGUACAGACCAGCACUGUGAAGAUGUACUGGCUUCCACAUUUUUAUUAGAAAUCUGAUUUAUAGCCGGCGAUUUAAAGCUGCUAUCUCUUGAUCUCUUCAUUUGUAAAUGGAAGACAAAUAUAAAGAACUUAUUUACAGAGAUAAAUCACAAGUGCCAGAGCAUCUUCUCAAGUAUUAUCAUCAGAGGAAUAGAUUGUUCAGUCAAUACGACCAGGGAAUCCUUUUAGAUGAAGAAUCCUGGUAUUCAGUCACGCCUGAGUUGAUAGCGAUGCAGACAGCAGAGAGAUGCAGAUGCAACGUUAUAGUAGACGCAUUCUGUGGUGUGGGUGGCAAUGCUAUUGCCUUCGCCUUCACCUGUGAGAAAGUGAUAGCAAUCGACAUAGAUCCUAUCAAAAUUGAAUUGGCAAAGCACAAUGCAAAGAUAUACUGCGUAGAUGAUAGGAUUAAGUUUAUAAACAUGAACUAUAUAGAUUGGUAUAACAGCUAUAAACGUGAUUACGAUAUCGACAUUAUCUUCUACUCACCACCCUGGGGCGGUAUAGAUUAUCUGGAUACUUUCAAGCUAAACAAUCUCAAACCCGUAACAGGCACAGAACUUGUAAAAUUAGCAAAAUCAAUAACGCCAAACGUCUGUAUGUUCCUACCACGUAAUACUACGAUAGAAGACAUAAGCGAAUUAGACGAGAGAGUGGAAAUAGAGGAGAAUUGGAUGUCUGGUAAAUUUAAAGCCAUAACUGUAUACCUUGGAGAUUUUUACAAUUAAUUUAUAACUUUCCUUACUCGGUUUUGUAUCUUAAUAAUGUCCAUCACACG